UCCGGAAGCGGAUGUGGCUGGCUGCUCCGGCGGCGGAGCGCGGAGGAAAUGGCCACGGGGACAGACCAGGUGGUGGGACUCGGUCUCGUCGCUGUUAGCCUGAUCAUCUUCACCUACUACACUGUGUGGGUGAUUCUCUUGCCAUUCAUUGACAGCCAGCAUGUCAUCCACAAGUAUUUCCUGCCCCGAGCCUAUGCUGUUGCCAUCCCACUGGCCGCCGGCCUCCUGUUGCUCCUAUUUGUGGGCGUGUUCAUCACCUACGUGAUGCUGAAGAACCAGAAGGGGACCAAAAAGACUCAGUGAAGGCCCGGAUGAGGCUGCAGGCCUCUCUGCCUCCCCUCCAGGGAACAACCAAGAUGGGAACCCAGAGACCCCUCUAGGCACUGUGGUCCCCUCAGGUCUGGCUGCCCUGCAGACAUCCCCAUGAGAUGGAGUUGUUCAGGACUCACCUUGACUGACCAGAGCUCCUGCUCCCCUUUCUAGAACCUAGAAGGGAGGAGCAUCUGGAAGUCUUUCUCUUACCCCAUUUUGGCUCAUGCCUAAGGUCCUUCCCACUUUACCUUCAGACUGCCUGUUAAUUUUUUCCUUUGGAUCCUACCCUCUUGCCUCAGUUUCCCUUCUGUCACAUGCUGAUUUGGACUUGGCACAUGUGACCCCCCACAUGCCCUAUUCCUCUAUGAAGGCAGCUUUCCUGGGUCUGAGGCAAGCCAGACCCCACAAGGACCUCUGGAACCUGAAAAGCCUCCAGCAAGGACUGACAGGCCCCAGGACUACCGCCAACCUCCUGGCACCUUAGGGAGCCACACUGGGCCCCCAGAUCAACUCCUCAUGGAGGCCCAGUCCUCACGCCAGCGCAUGGGGGAGAGCCGAAUAAUAAAUGUCAAUGCUGUGUUUGUCUUGUUCCAUCCCUGAGUGGGGCAGAUGGACCCCCAGGCUGGAGGAGGCUGGUGGCCAGCCCAGAGCCUUCUCAGGUGUGCAGAGGGCCCUCCUGCGUCAUCCCUGUGUGGGCACAGGAGGAAGUGGGGCGGGGACAGAUGGUCCUGCUAGUGUAGGUCACAGCUGGGGAGUCAGUGGAAGUGGGGCCGCCUGCCAGACACAACAUAGCCUCCCCCACCCUCUGCCAGCCCAGCCAGCGGGCACCAGUAUUCCCCUAAAAGCCCCAGCCUGCGGUUCUCUCAUGCCCAGAUACUCAGCUCAGCUUGCUGCUCAGCAGUGAGGGCUGCUUCUGAGCUGGAGCAGGGCUGCUUCCACUUUUGGGGGUGACAGAGCUGACAUAGGCCCCACUCCCUUGCCCCCCCACCCCCCAAUCUUGCCGAGCUGCUCAGGGCAGCCAGCUGUCCCAUUACCAGUGUGCACCUCCAUCCCUCUCUCCGGGAACCUUGGCUCCCCUUUGGGCAUCUGAGAAGAGAGGCCAUUUCCAGGCCCUGGCCUCACCCCUGCUUCUUGUGCUGUGCAGCCACACUACCCAUUGGGCCUUGGGUCCUGUCUUCCCUGCUGUAGUGGGAGGUCCUGUCAGUGCCUCGGCCUUUGUGGGUCUCCCAUGUUCCCACUUGAAGGCCCUCCGUCGAGGCGGUAGUUCCUUUGGGUCUCCCUUGACAGCCAGAUGUGAGCACCUGCGCUUGUGUUUGCUCUGCCCCACUCCCUGUGCUGGCAUCACGCCAGGAGGGUGGCACCCACUCAGUCCGCCUGUCACGUCGGUCUGGAGCGGGGAAAUAUCUACCAUGCUGAUCUGUGACAUCCCCGUGGGUGCUCCCCACGGGUUCCUGGCGGCCUGUGCUGAUGUCUCCAGCUCCUCUGUCUGGGAGAGGGCAGCUCCUCGGGACUCAGAGCCCUUACCCCCACCCCCUGCUCUCCUGAGCCACUUUGUUCUUACCCAGGCUCGCCUCCAGCCCCGCUCUCCUGAGCCUCAGUGCACCUGACCUCCCCAUCUGUUGUGGUGGCCCCUCAAAUUCAUCCUGUCCUGAGCAGGAUUCUCUCUUUGCCCCUCUCUCAACUGCAUCAUCCUGCCGCCGACCCCAGCCUGUUCCUGCCAGGCAUCACUAACCCCGUGUAGCAGCAGUCAUCCUCCUGAUACAAAGACCCCGUCCCCUGCUUCCUCACUGCUGCUCCUGCCCACUCGGGCCCCCUCCAGUCUGCACAACCACUGGCCUUUAAAAAAAUUGAGCAUCUUUCUCACAUUCCCACUUCUAGUGCCUCCGAGAACCCACAGCGUGCCCACUCGCUCCCUGCAGUCACGCUGGCCUUUCAUUUCGUGGGACUCACUGAGGCCCCUGGCACAUCCUGCUUGCGUGGGUCAAUAUAGCUUUCCCAGACUGGUGUGCGCCAGGCACCAGGAGCUGGGGUGGGAGCCCUGUGUGGUUCCUCCCUUUCCGACCCGCCCGUGUGGAGGGUGUAGCAGGAGGAAGAGGUAAUAAACCAAUAAAUAAGUGAAGGAGACGGUCUCUGACAGUGUUAAGAAGGAUGACGCAAAUGGGGUGAUGUGAUCCAGAAUUGGGUUGGGAAGACACUUAGAUGGGGCAGGACAGAGGGA